UUUAUGGUCUACAUGAAAUUUAUCCUAAAUUCUGACACCAAAAAGCCCCAAUUCAUCACUGCGAAUCGGAAAAACCAAAUUCCGCUUCAUCGCCGCCGACGACGACAACCGUAAAUUCCCCGCUCCAGCUUAAAUUCAACGAGCUGCAUUGAAGUUUCUGAGAGAGAAGCAGCUCCGAUCAAUUACACAAUAGAAAUGGCUGAGAAAUUAGCUCCCGAGAAAAGCCACAGCUACAUCCACAACGGGCAAAAGGUGUUCGAUUGGGAUCAAACGCUGGAAGAGGUGAAUAUGUACAUAGAGCUUCCAGCCAACGUUCCAAAGAAGUUAUUUCACUGCAAAAUUGAUUCCAAGCAUGUUGAGGUUGGGAUCAAAGGGAAUCCACCUUACCUUAAUCAUGAGCUUGCCUUCCCGGUGAAGACUGAUUGUUCGUUUUGGACUCUUGAAGACAAUAUAAUGCACAUAACCUUGCAGAAGCGGGACAAAGGUCAGACAUGGUCUUCACCGAUAAUGGGCCAAGCCCAGUUGGAUCCUUAUAAUGCUGACCUCGAACAGAAGCGUCUCAUGCUUCAACGGUUUCAAGAAGAGAACCCGGGCUUUGACUUCUCGCAAGCUCAGUUCAGUGGGAAUUGCCCUGACCCAAUGACCUUCAUGGGUGGGAUCCGUUCUGGUUGAUGGUCCUUCGUCUCAAGUUAUGUAUAUAUAGCAUAUUCUUAUCUGGACGCGAUCUUAAUCCCACUGACGGUCAUUGUUCUCGACUCUUCUAGGAUUCGUGCACUAUUUACUGCCUAGCAAGUGUACUUGUUAAGUUUCUGAUAAAAAAUAUCCUCAUUUGUUUGCAGAAGAAAAUUAUAUACUGUGUUAAGUGUUUGCUACUCCACUUCAAAUAUUAUUAUUUUUAAUUUAGUUCUA